CGGGAUGGGGAGGAGAGGAACCAGCAUUAUUUCCGCUUUAGUAAAGUGCUUACAUUUCAGCUCAGUAUUUACGUAUUUCGGGUGGCACUCCUGUAGGCUGGGGAUGAAAAAGUCCACAAGGAGAAAACUCAAAGUGUGGAGUAGAUAUUGUGUGUCCCGAGCCAAGGUCUGAUCUUGAACUCGGAUCAAAUAGGCGGGUUCUAGGCCUCCUGCACCAGGGCGGGGACAAGAAGAGCUCCUUUUUCCCUUUAAAACAUGACUGCUGGGAACUCUUGGAAGGAUGUGUGUGUGUGUGUGUGUGUGUGUGUGUGUGUGUGUGUGUGUGUGGAGGUAAAUGCCCCCUCCUCCUGCCUCCCCGCUCUCCAUCCCCCCACCCCUUUGUAAUGUUUGUCCUGCUUGCCCAUCACCAGGGGGUUGAGAGGAGUAUGACAGGUCUUUGUUGUCUGAAUAAAAAUCCGUGGCAGCUCCAGGGAGAGAACUCCUCCUACUAAAUUAUCAAAAAUGGGCUGGCUUUAGUCUCUUAACAAAUUGGACACAGCUCAGGCAGGAGCAGUCCCCAACCCAACCUACAGGCACUGGGAACUUGCAAGCAGCCCGGGAACACUGAAAAUAGCACUUCUUUUUCUUUCUUUGUGUUCAAAACUAUUUUCUUUCUUCACCAGAUUUUGUUUUCUUCCCCCCGCUGCAGUUGUUUCCCAUUAGUAACUCGAUCUCUCUGAGCAGUAAGAUUUGCCUUCUACGCCUCUUUUUCCCUCCGCCUGUGUUUGUUUGUUUUCUGCACAUCUCUCCUUCAGGGAGCUGCGGAACUUCCCCCCUCCCCCAAUUUCCACUUCUUUUUGCUCCUUCCCCGGCCCCCCAAGCAGACGGAUUUCCACUCGGUCUCUUUCUUCUCCUCCUCUCUCUCCCUCUUUCUCUCCGUCCCCGAGCGUCUCUGCGCUCCCACAGCGCAGCCCUCUCGGGUCCCUAGCCUCCUUCACUCGGAUGAGCUGAGAGCCCCAGGCGUGUGUAUAUGGAAAUAGUGGGGUGCCGAGCAGAAGACAACUCGUGUCCUUUCCGCCCCCCAGCCAUGCUUUUCCACGGGAUCUCCGGAGGCCACAUCCAAGGCAUCAUGGAGGAGAUGGAGCGCAGAUCCAAGACUGAGGCCCGUCUGGCCAAAGGCGCCCAGCUCAACGGCCGCGACGCGGGCAUGCCCCCGCUCAGCCCCGAGAAGCCCGCUCUGUGCGCCGGCUGCGGGGGCAAGAUCUCGGACAGGUACUACCUGCUGGCUGUGGACAAACAGUGGCAUCUGAGAUGCCUGAAGUGCUGUGAAUGUAAGCUGGCCCUUGAGUCCGAGCUGACCUGCUUUGCCAAGGACGGUAGCAUUUACUGCAAGGAGGAUUACUACAGAAGGUUCUCUGUGCAGAGAUGUGCCCGCUGCCACCUUGGCAUUUCCGCCUCGGAGAUGGUCAUGCGCGCCCGAGACUCUGUGUACCACCUGAGCUGCUUCACCUGCUCCACUUGCAACAAGACUCUGACCACGGGCGACCAUUUCGGCAUGAAGGACAGCCUCGUGUACUGCCGCGCCCACUUCGAGACCCUCUUACAAGGAGAGUAUCCACCGCAGCUGAGCUACACGGAGCUGGCGGCCAAGAGCGGCGGCCUGGCCCUGCCUUACUUCAAUGGUACCGGCACCGUGCAGAAGGGGCGGCCCCGGAAGCGGAAGAGCCCAGCUCUGGGAGUGGACAUCGUCAAUUACAACUCAGGUUGUAAUGAGAAUGAAGCAGACCACUUGGACCGGGACCAGCAGCCUUAUCCACCCUCGCAGAAGACCAAGCGCAUGCGAACCUCCUUCAAGCACCACCAGCUCCGGACCAUGAAAUCCUACUUUGCCAUCAACCACAACCCAGAUGCCAAGGACCUCAAGCAGCUUGCCCAGAAAACAGGCCUGACCAAAAGAGUUUUGCAGGGAGAACAAAUCUUGGGGCAUUACAGCCAAACAUCCCGACGUUUGAAAAUUCCCUAAAGUAUUAAAAGAAGGGGAAAAGUUUGAUCGGAAAUCCACUGCAGUGAAGACAAAGACACUAUUAGGUUAUGAUAAUCAUACAUUAAAAAAUUUAUUGAGCCAAAAAAAAAAAAAAAGAGAGAGAGAGAGAGAGAGAGAGACUUAAAUGUCAUUUACGGAAUGUUAACAAAACUUGUGUUCUUUAUGGUGUCUAACACAACUGAAGGCUUAAAAUUAUAUGGUUUAAACAAAAUUAGAUAAACCAUGUACAAAACCAGAGCAACCUGGCAGUAAUAUGCCCACCCCAUAUUUGAAAAAAAUUAUUAUUGAAAAAAAUUUCACACAUUUGUCAAGCACAAAUAGUUGUAAAAUAAAGUCCAAAACAUUCAUUUCACCUGCUUGCUAAUGUGUAUUAGUCCUGUUAAUGACAUUUUCCAAUUGUAAAUUCAAAGAAAAGCUAUCACUCAUUUAAGAGUAUUAGGGAUCCAAACCCAGUAAUUUUAGUAUUAUUGUUUAUUACUUCCUUUUUAAACAGAAAUCUCUGCAUGCACUUUUACAUCUGUCACCUCUAGUGUACACCUCUGUAUGAUGACUUAUCUUUGCUGUUUCUUGUAUGAUAAAUAGCUUUCAUUAAUAAACAUUUAUUUGAUGCAAACAUAGUUAACUUUAUGUUAAACACACACUGUUGAAAUUAAUUUUGAACACUCUUAAAGAGUCAGCACAGUACAUUUACAACUUGUUAUACUAAUGAAAAAUACAAACAGCAUAAUGAGAUAAAAUUCUGGUAAUCUAGGUUAAAAUUACUUACUUGGUUUUUACCUUUUCAUGACUUAUUUUCAUUUGUUGUAUUCAAUUGCCACAUAUAUUAAAAGUAAAAAUCAAAGUGAACCCAAAUUACAACAAAAUAAACCUUAGACUAGACUAUUGUAUAAAAUUUCAGCAAUGUUUUUAGAUUACUAGGGUAAAAUUUAUAGAUCUUAUGUGAGUUUACAUGUUUGCUAUGCAAUGAACAAAUUUAUUGAAGUAUACAAAUAUAUUCUGAACUAUAAAAAGAUUAAAUCUUUGCAUAGUUCAAGUUACAUAUGAUUAUUACAAACACAGGAGCAAAUGGAAAGACACAAAUAUUUAGGAAUGAAGUUUUUUUAAUUGUUAAAGGGAAUAUUUGAAGAAUAAAUUUUUAGCUAUUCCUAUUUAGCUGUAUAUCCAAAGCAUAUGUUAAACAAACUAACAUAUAAAUACUUUCCAGAAAAUUUUUCAUUAUGAUGAAAUUUUUAUUAUAUACAAAUGAACCCUAUGUAAAUGAUGUAACUUUUAUGAAUGACAGACAUUAAAUAUUUCACUUACGUGUAUUCUUAGAAUUUUGAAUGUUUUCUUAAAUGCUUUCACUUCCUGAAUACUAAAAAGAAAAAAUUUUAAAGGAGAGAGAGCAACUUACUAAUAAAAAAAGAAAAGCAAUGCACCAUAAGUAGACUAUUUUGAGUGAUCAUGAAACAUGUUGGUUUUGUCAGUAACUUGAAUGUUUAUGCCUCAUUGAAACCUCAUCCGUGGCUAUAGCAACUUAAAUAGAUUUUCCAAUGCAUUUCCAGCCAGUUUAUUCAAAUCUUUGCCCUACAGCCUUGCCUUCUUUCCCUGUUCUGUCACCUAUGGCAAUUUCAUUUAGAAGUAUUUUGGAACUUCGCCUGGUUUUACAGACCUUUAAAUAUUUGUCUGGUAUGUGAGAUGCAGGAAGAGACCAGAGAGGAAACGAACAUAACUGAAAUUAGACAUCUGAAAAAAAUAAUACAAAUUUGAAACAGGCACAUUUUUUAAAACUAAAAAAAAAAAAAUAGGAGUACUAAUUAUGUGAGUGGGAAGAGAAAGUGUGUGCUGCAGAGUUGGAAGGUCUAUUGCACUUCACUGUGAUGUAAAGCAGUCUCUGAGUCUCGGCAACUGCACACUUACUGUUUAGUGUGGAAUAGAAAAAUGUGGACCUCUUAGUUGAGAGCAGGGCACUAAAUUUUCAUAGCUUCUACCUCCCAAUUGCCUGGGUUAGUCUAACUUCUGGCAGAUUGCUCUUGGGCAAAAAGCUUCACUGAGAGUUAGUGUCUGCGUGCUUUGGUUGAACAGCCCCCUUAAUACUGACCUACGUAGUGGAUAGGUUUUUGAUACCUCAAAUAAGGGUAAAACUCCAUAAUCAAGGACCCAAAGCAAACACUUUUACAACUUAGGUGAUUUUUCAUCACCUAAAACAUAAAUAGCUUUAUUUAGAAAAAUCCAAGUGGAAUCAACCAUACAUUCCUUUAUAAUAACCCCUUUUUGGGGAGUCAAAGUAUUGUUUUUUUAUUAGCCACAUAUAAAUAUCAUCUCAUUUUCUCUUGCAGUGUGACUGCAAGGGGUGCUGUGUGGAAUGCAUUAGAACUGGGAAGCUCUGGAAUGGAAAUUUGGAAUCAUGUCAUUCUAGGCUCUUAAAGAGUAUGUUAGAGAUAAUACUGUUGUAAAAAAUAAAUAUAAACACCUAAUUUUAUAUGAAUUUUUGCUAUUUAAAUUUUAGCUAUGUUAUAAACAAAGCUAGCUUUACUUGUAGAGAGUUUGUGUACUCUUGAGGUCAUUCAAUAGCUUUUACAUUUUGUAGUCUGUUACACAACAGGGCAAAAUAAGCACAGUAGGGCUUAGUCUAAAUUGAAGAAAUGUUGAAUUUUCUUUGAAACCAUAUAUUAGAUAAAUCUGGAUUGGCCUUUUAGAUCUAGUUUCUGUUUUUAGUAAUUGGGAACCAACUGUCAAUAUUAAAAUAAAUAAAAACGCCUCUAAUGUAAAGCUGCAGUCCUUUGCUUCCAGCCAAUGUCAAAACUAGGAAGGUUUUUUUUUUAAUGGUUUGCUGUUGAUUUUAAACAUUUUAAUAAUACUUGCUCUGCCCUCACGGCAGUUUUUUUUUUCAGAAUAAUAAUAUGAUUUACCUUAUUUUAAAAACAAAUUAUAAUUCUAACUUAAAAUAUUAUUUUAAAUGCCCUCUGGGAAGAUUUCCAUUUUAUUUUAUGAGAUUCCCUGGCAGUGGGGUGGAGGUGGGGGGAUGAGGUUGGGGCAGGGAAAGCUGAGAACUGUGCAUGAUACUCAAGGAAAGGUCUAUGAAUAUGAUGUAAGUAGUAACAUUAUUGACACAACUAAAUUUCCGUUUGACUGUGUUGCGGAAUAAGAUAAUUUUAUCUAACAUCACUCCCUACUUGCAACAUUUCUCUGUGAAUAUUAAUAUAGUUAACCCUCCCUUAUCAUGUCUCACAUUAAUAAGUUUCUUUUCCCUUGGAUUAAUUUUUGCUUCUUUGCAUUACAUUUUAUCUUGUGCUAAGAUGACAAAAAUCAAGCAAGAAUAAAGAUCCAGAUAUUAGCCAUAUGUAGAAAGUUCCUGGUGUGCAUUUCUGUGUACUUUUCCCUCACAUAUUAGAAUUGUCAGGAACGCCUUUUUCUUUUGGAACUCUCUGUUUAUGUUUUGCAUGAUCUUAUAAAUUAAUCUGAAGAGUAAUUGGAUACCUUUUAUGGUUAUUUGAAAAUAAAAUUUGCUACAAAUAA